UGAAUGAGAGGGAACGUAAUAAACGCAAGAAAAAUAAUAGUAAUGAUAAACUAAAUUGGGAAUUAUGCCGCAAUCUACCAGGUCUACCAGCAUUACAUAAAUGAUAAUUCAAGAAGCUUGCGCGGGUGGCGAAAGAACAUUCAUGCGUUCACAAACUUUAAUUAUAAUUGCUAGUAUUUUAAGGAAAUUGCGUAAUGCACGAGCUAAAGAGCUUGACACGGAUAUUUUUAUUUUAAAAUAUGCUGGCACAGGCGUUCGGCAAAUUGCGAAUUCUUUCCGGACUGGAAGGGUCACGAAAGGAAGUGUCGUAUUACAUACAUAAGCAGGGUUGUCAUACGACAUCGAAAUUCCUUACGAUAUGUAGGAAACUUUGUAGUAAUUAUAUUCAACACCAGUGCUGGAAAUGUGGGUCAGAGAUACAGAAUUCCAGUUUAUUUUGCAGUCUAUGCAGCACACUUCAGAAACCGGAUGAAAGUAUGACUUACUUCGAUAUAUUACACAUUAAACAGGGUUUCGAAGUAGAAGAUGAAGAUCUCACAACAAAAUAUCGCCAAUUACAGAACGUACUUCACCCAGAUCGCUUCAGUGUGAAGAAUGCGGAAGAACGUAAGAUAUCGGAACAGUACUCCGCUCUGGUGAACAAGGCAUAUUCGACCCUGCAUCAACCACUAGCUCGAGGUCUCUACAUUCUGCACCUGCAUGGAAUUAACCUGCAUGAAGACACAAGGGAGACUGACCCUCAGUUCCUGGCCGAGAUCAUGGAGACAAAUGAAGAACUGGCUGAAGCACAGCAUCCUCAUGACGUGAGGAGACUCGAGAAUGCCAACAAGAGUGUCAUGGACAAACUUACAAAAGAUGUUGCGAAGGCUUUCCGUGCGGGAGACAUUGAUGCCGCUAAGCAAGUGUUGCUGAAGAUGAAGUAUUAUUCCAGUAUUGCAGCUAGAAUCAAGGAUUUAAAGCAGAAGGCUGGCAUCGAAUGAGUUUUAAGUCAUAGUAUACAUGUACUCAAAGCUGAACAUACAGACGAAUAAAGUAAUGCUGCAGAAAUUUGUGAAUUUUACUUAUUCAGGAAUAGGGAAUUUAAAAUAUUCCACUGCUAUGGUGCCAGAUUUUAACUUGGGGGGGGGUAUUUGUUUAAAAAAAUGUGAUAUUAAGCCUGAUGGACCCAUGCAUAAUGCCAUCACAACAGUCCAACAUGUGGAUGAUAAAGGCUUAACCCCAAUAGCCCCAACACUGGUUAACUUUGUGGUCAGUGUGAGGACUGACUGUACAUUGUUUUGUCAAUUGCAUGCGUACUGGCAUACCAGGUGACAGAAUUUACCCCUGAAUGUGGAGGCAGCACAUUCCUCAGAUAUGUUAGUACCUAUCUGCCAUACUACAAGGCCAUAAUCUUAACCUCCUGGGUUGGCAUCAUGUAGUCCAGCAGAAGUUAAGACAUGCUUCCUUUCUCAGCUUACUCUACGACCAUGCAGCAUCACAUCCCAGAAGAUCAUACUAAAACUACACUCCAUGGCUUUUAGUCUGCAAGCAAACUAUACUGACUGAGCGACCGCCGCUUGUCGG